AACUGUGCUUCUCAGAGCCCCAGACCUGAGACUAAAGCUAGCAGGGGUGAGGUGUGGCCUGUUGCUCUUGCCUCCCCUCUUGUCCAGAGCAGAUUCCAGAAUGGAGCUUCGACCUUACCAGUGGGAGGUGAUUAUGCCUGCCCUGGAGGGCAAGAAUGUCAUCUUAUGGCUCCCCACGGGAGCCGGGAAGACCCGAGCCGCUGCGUACGUGGCCAAGAGGCACUUAGAAACUGUGGAUGGAGCCAAGGUGGUGGUACUGGUAAACAGGGUGCAUCUGGUGGCCCAGCAUCGUGAGGAGUUCAGCCGCAUGUUGGGCGGACACUGGGCCAUGACAACCCUAAGUGGGGACAUGGGGCCACGGGCUGGCUUUGGCCACAUGGUCCAACACCACCACCUGCUCAUCUGCACAGCUGAGCUGCUGCGGACGGCAUUGACCAGCACUGAGGUGGAAGAGCACGUGGAACUCACAGCCUUCUCCCUGAUCGUGGUGGAUGAGUGUCACCAUACACACAAGGACACCAUCUACAAUGUUAUCCUGAGCCGCUACCUAGAGCAUAAACUGCAGAGGACAUGGCCCUUACCCCAGGUGCUGGGUCUUACAGCUUCCCCAGGCACUGGCGGGGCCUCCAAGCUUGAUGGGGCCAUUGAUCACAUCCUGCAGCUCUGUGCCAACUUGGAUACAUGGCGCAUCAUGUCACCUGAGAAGUACCGCCCCCAGCUGCAAGAGCAUAAUCCAAAGCCCUACAAGCAGUAUGAUCUCUGUCAAAAGCGCAGCCAGGACCCAUUUGGGGACUUGCUGAAGAAGCUCAUGAGCCACAUCCACGACCACCUGGAGAUGCCUGAGUUGAACCGGGACUUUGGGACGCAGAUGUAUGAGCAACAGGUGGUGGAGAUGAGCAAGGAUGCGGCUGAGGCGGGGCUCCAGGAGCGGCGGGUGUACGCGCUGCACCUGCGACGCUAUAAUGAUGCCCUGCUCAUCCAUGACACUGUCCGUGCCCUGGACGCCCUGGCCACGUUGCAGGAUUUCUACAAUAGGGAGCGCAUCACUAAAACCCAGAUCCUGCGUGCUGAGCGCUGGCUGCUGGCACUGUUUGAUGACAAGGAGAAUACGCUGACCCGCUUGGCGACUCAUGGUCCUGAGAACCCAAAACUGGAGAUGCUGGAACAGAUCUUGCUGGAGCAGUUUGGGAGCCCAGAUAACCCCCGGGGCAUCAUCUUCACCCAGACACGCCAGAGUGCUCGCUCCCUCCUGCUCUGGCUCCAGCAGCAGCCUGGCCUUCAGAGAGUGGGCAUCAGGGCCCAGGUGCUGAUUGGGGCUGGCAACAGCAGCCAGAGCACCCACAUGACCCAGAGAGAUCAGCAAGAAGUGAUCCAGAAAUUCCGGGGGGGCUCACUGAACCUUCUGGUGGCCACAAGUGUGGCAGAGGAGGGGCUGGACAUUGCUCAGUGCAGUGUGGUGGUGCGCUUUGGGCUCCUGACCAACGAAAUCGCUAUGGUCCAGGCAAGGGGCCGUGCUCGGGCAGGCCAGAGUGUGUACUCAUUUGUGGCAACAGAGGGCAGUCGGGAGCUGCGUCGGGAGCUGACCAACGAGGCCCUGGAGGCUCUGAUGGAGCAGGCAGUGGCUGCUGUGCAGAGGAUGGACCCGGCUGAGUACCAGGCCAAGAUCCAGGAUCUGCAGCGGGCAGCACUGGUCAAGCGGGCAGCCCGGGCAGUCAAGCGGGAGAAUCAGCGGCAGCGGUUCCCAGCAGAGCACGUGCAACUACUCUGUAUCAACUGUAUGGUGGCUGUGGGCCAUGGGAGUGACCUGCGGAAGGUGGAGGGCACCCACCAUGUCAACGUGAACCCCAACUUCUUGAUCUACUACACCAUCUCCCGGGAGCCCGUGGUCAUCGACAGAGUCUUCAAGGACUGGAGGCCUGGGGGUGCCAUUAGCUGCAGGAACUGUGGAGAGGUCUGGGGUCUGCAGAUGAUCUACAAGUCAGUGAACCUGCCAGCACUUAAAGUCCGCACCAUGCUUCUACAGACCCCUGAAGGACGGAUCCAUGCUAAAAAGUGGUCCCGAGUUCCCUUCCCAGUGGCAGACUUCGACAUCCUGCAGGACUCUACCCAGAGCCUGUCUGAUCUCUCCCUGGAUUGACCACAUUGUCGCUGCAGGAUCUGACUCAGGCUGAAGGGGGCAGGAGAGUACACAGCAGCCAUUAUCUCUUCCCUGGGCAUAGCUUGGGUCCAGGCCUCUUCCUGAGUCACCACCCAGGGUCACAGUGCUGACUAGUCACAAAGGAACUCUUGGGACUCAUGCUGGCUCUGAAUUCCACAAUGAAGAAGCAACUGGAGGGCCACAACUCAGCCCCAGACCCCCCAUGCACGCGCGCACACAUUUUCAUGCACACUGGAUGGAGGUGGGGGAAACUGAGGCAGGAGAAUUGCCAUACUGUACUUAGGAACUUCAGCUUCCCUCCUCUGCCAAGGCCACUCCUGUUUUUUGAGGCUCCUCAUAAAUUAAAAAAAAAUCAAGAAAUGGAAAAUGAGGUAGAAAGCACGUAUUUUAACACCAACUUUGUUGAGGCAUAAUUGAUAGAAAAUACACUGGACAGAUUUAUAGUGUGCAAUUCAAUAACUUGUAUCACGUAUACUCCUCUACAAUCAAGAUACUGGACACAAGCUGGUUGCGAUGUGUACCUAAAAUCCCAGCACUGGGGAGGGAGAGGCAGGAGAAUCGUGUA